AUGGAUCAAUGGUCGUCGUACCCGGACUCGGCAGGAGGUUCGAGGCGAUACAACGGCAACUCCAACAACCAGAUGGCUUCGUCAUCGAGGGAUUACGGUAAUGGCCCUUCGCAGGGCCAGCCGCCCGCUGGCUUCAAGUACGACCAGUACCAAGGCGGUCUCAACGCCCACUCGAGCCAGUCCUCGGCGACCUCGCCCAUCACCACGCCUCAGAUCCGCGACAACAAUGGCGAUGUCGCUAUGCAGGACGCUCACGAUCCCUACGCCGGCAUGAAGUACCCUAUGCGCCCUCUUCACCAGCACCACCUCUCCGCCGGUUCACGAUCAAACACCCUCCAUUCCCCCCAAGAACCCUCCGCUGCUGCCCAGCGGUACUCUCCCAUGGAGGCUCUCUCCCCCUCGUCACCAUACUCACCUUAUACGCCAAAGUCGGGCGCGCAGGGACAGUUCCCCCCACCGCAGCGACAGUCACCGACACGCAUGAAUGACUACACCCCGCAGAGCCCCUACCCGCCGCAGAGCCCAUACUAUACGAGCCGGCAAUCCUCGACGCAGCUUCCUCCCAUCACCCCGGGCGGCUAUGAUUCUUACACGCAGUCCACUCUGAACCCCAUCGACGGGUCCUUCUCGGGCGACCCCAAGUCGCCGAGACGCCAGCAGCAGCAGCAGAACACCAUGACGCUGGCGACCAGGGGCCCGGUCCCCGAGUUCAAGAAGAUUCGAAGCGCAGCAGACUUGCGACCAAAGGUCAACCAGCAACCUGCCUUCCGUCGAGCGAACCCCGAAGGAGGUUUCAUUAGCCCCUUGCAAUCCCUCACCGUUCACCUCCCCGCCACGUACAGAAUUUGCAACCCGCAUUUCAAGUACGAAUCGUCGCGAAAUCCUCGCCGCGUUCUUACGAAACCUAGUAAGGGCGUCAAGAACGAUGGCUACGAUAACGAAGACAGCGACUACAUCCUCUAUGUCAACGACAUCCUGGGAUCAGAGGAGGCUGGGCACAAGAAUCGAUAUCUCAUUCUCGACGUUCUCGGUCAAGGAACAUUCGGUCAGGUCGUCAAGUGCCAGAACCUCAAGACGCAAGAAGUGGUAGCAGUCAAGGUUAUCAAGAACCGCACUGCCUACUUCAAUCAGAGCAUGAUGGAGGUCUCUGUACUGGAUUUGCUGAAUACGAAGCUCGACAAGAAUGACGACCAUCACCUGCUACGCCUGAAGGACACCUUCAUCCACCGACAACAUCUGUGCCUCGUCUUCGAGUUGCUCAGUGUCAAUCUCUACGAGCUAAUCAAGCAGAACCAGUUCAGAGGACUGAGUACCACCCUCGUGCGGGUAUUCGCCCAGCAGCUCCUCAACGGCCUAGCGCUUCUCAACAAAGCGCGCUUGAUCCAUUGCGAUCUGAAGCCCGAGAAUAUUCUGCUCAAAAACCUCGAGAGUCCUAUCAUCAAGAUCAUCGAUUUCGGAUCCGCCUGCGACGAGCGACAGACGGUCUACACCUAUAUCCAGUCGCGAUUCUACCGAUCCCCCGAGGUGUUGCUGGGUCUGCCGUAUUCCUCAGCGAUCGACAUGUGGUCACUAGGCUGUAUUGUGGUUGAGUUGUUCCUCGGUCUUCCGCUGUUUCCUGGCUCCUCCGAAUACAACCAGGUGUCGAGGAUCGUCGAGAUGCUUGGCAACCCUCCCAACUGGAUGAUCGAGAUGGGCAAGCAGGCAGGAGAGUUCUUCGAGAAGCGCCAGGACGAGUUUGGCCGAAGGACGUAUCAGCUGAAGAGCAUGGAGCAGUACUCGCGGGAGCACGGCACAAAAGAACAACCUAGCAAGAAGUACUUCCAAGCCAGCACCCUCCCGGAGAUCAUCAAGUCAUAUCCGAUGCCCAGGAAGAACAUGAAGCAGAGCGAGAUUGAUCGAGAGAUGAACAACCGCGUGGCCUUCAUUGACUUUGUCCGGGGACUACUGACCAUCAACCCACUGGAACGAUGGUCUCCGCAUCAGGCCAAGUUGCACCCCUUCAUCACUCAGCAGAAGUAUACGGGCCCAUUCGUACCGCCGAUGAACCUCAAAUCCAGCUCGCUGAACAGGUCCCCGGCUCCUGGCACCCAGCAACAGCAGCAGGCGGAGGCGCUGAGCAAGCAACGCGCACAGCAAGCACAGGCACAGGCGAACUCGGCUGCUCAAAGUGCAUACACCACGAUGGCUCAGCAGCCCUAUCAGCAGCCUGGCCACGGACAGGCGCCGCCAUUGUACUCCAACAACGCCGUCUACACCCCGGGGGGCAGCCACCAGCCGGCACCUCCGCCGUAUGGACAGCAGCCAAAUCCAUAUGGCCCGAUGGUCAUGUCUCAGCCGCCUGCACAGAUGCCUGCCGCUAAUUAUGGCGGCGUGCAGCAAGGCAACAUGUAUCAGCAGCAAGCAGCCGCCCGGAGGCAACGGGCGUCGACCAUGGAGCAGCAGCAAAGUGGUAUCCCCGCGACGAUACAGAGGGUGGCCAGCCAUCUUGAUCCCAGCCAACCCAUCCGCCUCCAGCCGAGCCCGGCCUACUACCCGCCACCUGCUGACGGUGGCCUGGCCGGCCUGGACCAGUCUUCGGGCAGAGCUGCCGGCGCCAGGCGGGCUAGCCGCCCUCAGCAGCCUGGCAGGGGAAAUCGAGACUUUAUCCGGAAUCUCGAGGAGCGGACUCUUGAGGAGGGUUUCAUGGGCGGCCAGAGCCCUUGGCAUUGA